UUUUUUUUUCUCUCUCUCCCUGGGAGUUGAGUGGCACCCAGCCCAGCAGUGUGACCAAGACAGCAAGGAACGCUGCGUUUAUGGGAACACAGCGCAGACACAGAAAAAGGUAGAAAGAGGAUCUCUGUCUCCUGGCUUUGGACCACAGAGUGGAUAUAAACUCAUCUGGAUACCCCUACAGGACUAAGGGCAGGAUGUGAAGCUCAGCCUGCAGUCAGUAACUUGGAAUAUUUAGACAUCAUUCCAGCAUCAGAGAUUAUAACCUCCUAUAGAUCAUCUGUAGCUCAGGUCCUAUCCAAAGCCAGCCUGAGAGAAAACACAAGGACAUGUGACUCCAGCUAUUCCCAACAGCAUCAGAAGACUAAGUUGGUUUGUACAAAGCUUGCAUCUAUUCGGGACAAAGCUAGAAAAAAUAAGGACAAAAAAGCAUAAGAAAAAAUAUUCCUGACUAAUUGCAAAUUGGAAACAUUUUAACACUCCGGGGUGAAGAAUCUGUACCAUAUCAGCAUGUCUGCCUACUACAGAAAUAAUAGGUACAAGGACGAUCCAGAUGACCCUGACCAUUCAGGGUCUCAGCACCGUAGGCAGGGAUAUUCAAUAACUCAGGAUCAUCCAAAUUUUCCAGCUCCUGCGAAUAAUCCAGACUACCCCAGCACCAAGAGAAAUCCAUACUCUAGAGGCUCCAGAACAAGUCCAGACUAUCCUGUAUCUUUUGCAGAACCAGAUUAUCCUGCAUCUCCGAAUAAUCCAGUCCAUCCUAGCACCAGGAACAAUUCAUUCUCUGCAACUUUUAGAACCAGUCCAGACUACCACAGAUCCCUACAAGAGCCAGGUUAUAAUGAAUUUCAGAGGAAUCCAUACCCCCCAGGCUCAUCUGGACAGUCACAUUACCCCACAUCUCAUCGAAAUUCUGAUUUUACAUAUUCUAGAAGCAGUAGAAAUUAUGCAGACUCUGGAACAGAUCCAGAUUAUUUUGGCUCCUUAGGCGAACCAGACUACCCUGAAACUCAGAGCAACACUAACCAUCGUGGCCCCAAAGGCAAUUCAAAUCAUUCAGGCUCCAGAAGGAAUCUACAAUAUGCUGGUUCCAGAAUCAAUACACACACAGACUCUCUGGGAGAGCCUGAUUAUCCAGGUGCCAAAAAUCAACCUAACUCUCCACACUUUUUUGGAGAACCAGACUAUCCUGGUGCUGAGGACUAUCAGAACUCUCCAGACAUUUGGGGAGAACCUGAUUAUCCAGAUACUGAGAAUGGGCAUGAUUAUGGCUUUUCAAAGACUUGGGAAAUGACCAGGGGGGGUGAUGGCUCCUUGGGCAUCCUUAGCGGAGAGAAUGAAGACUACCCUGAAAACAUUGAGAUGACAUCCAUGGGGAUGGCACGUUCACAUAGGCACCCUCUGCCAGGCGCUCCUGGAAAAGGCUAUGUGAACCCUGCUUACAUAGGUGAAAGUGGUCCUGUCCGUGCUUAUGGAAACCCACCAUUGUCUGAAAGUGAUUGGCACAAGUCACCCCAAGAACAAAAGUUAAUUGCAUCUCUGAUACCCAUGACAUCCAGAGACAGAAUUAAAGCCAUCAGGAACCAGCCAAGAACCAUGGAGGAGAAAAGGAACCUUAGGAAAAUAGUUGACAAAGAAAAAAGUAAACAGUCCCAUCGUAGGCGUGAGCUCAAUUGCUGCGCUCAGUGUGUAAACUCCAUUUCACAAGCUUAUCAGAAAUCCAAGAACAGCCUAUCGGAAAUCCUCAAUUCCAUCAGCCUAUGGCAGAAGACGUUCAAGGUCAUUGGAGGCAAGUUUGGCACCAGCGUCCUCUCCUAUUUCAACUUUCUGAGAUGGCUUUUGAAGUUCAACAUCUUCUCGUUCAUCGUGAACUUCAGUUUCAUUAUAAUCCCUCAGUUAACCUUGGCUGAAAAGAACACCCUCCAGUUCACUGGACUGGAGUUUUUCACUGGGGCAGGUUAUUUUAGGGACACGGUGAUGUACUAUGGCUUUUACACCAAUUCCACCAUCCGGCGUGGGGCCAGUGGGGCAUCCUACAACAUGCAGCUGGCCUACAUCUUCACAAUUGGAGUUUGCCUGGUCAUCUGCUUUUUCAGUUUGCUCUUCAGCAUGGCCAAGUAUUUUCGGAACAACUUCAUUAAUCCCCACAUUUACUCCCGAGGGAUUGCAAAACUUAUUUUUUGCUGGGACUUCACUGUCACCCAUGAAAAUGCUGUGAAACUAAAACAGAAGAAUCUCAGCACUGAGAUAAGGGAGAACCUAUCAGAGAUCCGUCAGGAGAAUGUCAAGUUAACACUCAAUCAGCAGCUGACUCGCUUCUCUGCCCACGUGGCAGGCUGGGUUGUCUCUACUGGAGUGGCCGCCGCCUGCUGCGUAGCUGUUUAUUACCUGGCUGAGUACAACUCAGAGUUCCUGAAGACCCACAGGAACCCCGGGGCGGUGCUGUUGCUGCCUUUCGUGGUGUCCUGCAUCAACCUGGUGGUGCCACGCCUCUAUUCCAUGUUCAGGCUGGUGGAGAGGUACGAGAUGCCCCGGCACGAAGUCUACAUCCUCCUGAUCCGAAACAUCUUCCUGAAAAUAUCGAUUAUUGGCAUUCUUUGUUACUAUUGGCUUAACAUUGUGGCCCUGUCCGGUGAAGAGUGUUGGGAAACUCUCAUUGGACAGGAAAUCUACCGGCUCCUUCUGAUGGAUUUUGUGUUCUCUUUAGCUGAUUCCUUCCUGGGGGAAUUUCUGAGAAGAAUCAUUGGGACGAAGUUUAUCGCAAAUCUUGGCUUACAGGAGUUUGACAUUGCCAGGAACGUUCUAGAACUGAUCUAUGCACAAACUCUGGUGUGGAUUGGAAUCUUCUUCUGCCCUCUGCUGCCCUUUAUCCAGAUGAUUACUCUUUUCAUCAUGUUUUAUGCCAAAAAUAUCAGCCUGAUGAUGAACUUCCAGCCUCCAAGCAAGGCCUGGCGGGCCUCCCAGAUGAUGACUUUCUUCAUCUUCCUGCUCUUUUUCCCAUCCUUCACCGGCGUCCUGUGCACCCUGGCCAUCACCAUUUGGAGACUGAAACCUUCAGUGGACUGUGGUCCAUUUCGGGGUCUGCCUUUCUUCAUUCACUCCAUCUACAGCUGGAUCGACACCCUAAGGAAAAGACCUGGCUACCUGUGGGUGGUCUGGAUCUAUCAGAACCUCAUUGGAAGCGUGCACUUCUUUUUCAUCCUCACCCUCAUUGUGUUAAUCAUCACCUACCUUUACUGGCAGAUCACUGAGGGGAGAAAGAUUAUGAUCAGGCUGCUCCAUGAACAGAUCAUUAACGAGGGCAAAGAUAAAAUGUUCCUGAUAGAAAAGCUGAUGAAGCUGCAGGAUACGGAGAAGAGAGCGAAUCCCAGCGGUCUUGUUCUGGAGAGGAGAGAAGUAGAGCAACAAGGCCUUUGGCACUUGGGGGAAUGUGAUGCUGUCCCUGACCUGCGAUUUAGGCAAUCGGUUCAAGAAGAUAAUCCAAGAACUUGAUGAUUAUUGUGAUAUCCAGAUACCAAUCAAACAAGGAAAGAUGAAAUAUUUUCCAUGACAUCUUCCAUGGGCCUUUAGGGAUUUCCCAGAGGGCAAUACAAGCCUUCGGUGAGGAGCGGAAACUGACUACAAUGUAAAUAUCCAAGUAAAAAUUGGGCAUUUCCUGCUACUUUUUCAACACCUGGAUUACAAAGUUUUCAAGACCAAGUACCUGAGGUUUUCCAAUAAAGACUGUUGUCAUAUUGAACCUAGCCCACAAAAACCUGGGAAGAGAUAACUUGGGAAUGAUGUGUUUUGUUUUAUCUUCAAGAAAUAAGUCUAUGAAUGAUUAGCCCUUGGGAAUCUUCCUUCCCAGAGCUCCUAGACCUGGCAAAGAUUUAAAACUCCUGCUAAGAAAAGUGAUCCAGUUUGAAUAAAAAUGUGAUCCUCAA